AUGGCAACCGUCAGGGCAUUAUACAACUGUGAUGCUACAGAAAGUCCAGAUGAAUUAUCUUUCCAAAAAGGAGACAUUAUUGAGAAUGCAGUUGAAUCUCAAGAGUCGGGAUGGUAUUAUGGCGUUUUACAGAAGUCAGGGGAAAGUGGCCUGUUUCCAUUCAAUUACGUCGAGAUUGUCCCUGUCAUGCCUGUACCGAGCAAGCCAAGAAAGUCUCUCGUAAAUAACGACUCUAGAGCAACAUUGGGAAAUGUUGGCAAGGAAAAUACCAACGGGUCCACGGAAAUAGCGUCUUCCGCCGGAGACAAUCGUUUCAGAGCCAGCCCGCAAGAGCUCGGUGGUGGAGGUCCAAAGCCCUUGAUGAACAAUAAAUCAUCAGCUGAUGACACCACUAUGAGCAACAGUGAAGUAGAAGGAUCCUUUUCCGUCAAAGAAUUAAGGGCUCGAUUAGAAAAGUCAAAGGUUACGCCACAGUCCGCCAAACAACCUGUGCCAACGCCUGCUCCAAAACCAGCACACAUACAGGCCGGUAAACCUCAUGUAAAUCAAUCAGCGCCUAUACCUUCACCUAUACCUGUAAAGGAAACAGAAACAACGCACCAAGGUGAAGAAGAUGUAGCUUUCAUGAAGCCUUCAGAACUGCGUAAAAAGUGGGCAGCAGUAGACGCUGCUUCGAAACAAACCCAGCCACCCCCUAUAUCUUCGCCCUCGCUUGUCAAGCGCCAAAGCAUGGUCACCACUGGAGGCUCUCGAGGGUCACCUAAUCAAACUGAAAUGAAUGAAAUAAGGAAGGGUGAUACGGAGGAAAUACCUAUCAUUCGGACUACGACUAGCCCUAGUGUUCCUAAACGGGUGCCUUCAUCGCUUGGGUCGCAUCCAUCCCCACCAGUGCGAACCAGCUCCAAUAGAAGCAGUAGUGCCUCGGAUUAUGAUAAGCCUGUCAAUUCAGUUUCUAGUCGGCCAACUUCUGCUCUACUUGAGCCACAAGCACCACCGAGGCGCAUAUCUCCUUCGUUGCCUUCACAUCCAUCACCGCCCGCGCGACCUAAUUCCAGCAUGAACAGGAACAGUAACACUUUAGAUAUUAAUAGGCCUCCACAACCGAUUCCAGCUCGACCAAAUUCUGCUGUGCAUGAGCCACAAGCACCACCAAGGGUAAUGCCUCGUCGACCCCAAGUACAGUCUCAAAUAUACCCUGACAAUCAAGCGAAUGCCCCACCACUUCCUUCGCGACCUCGAUCAAGUGCUGAAACUCUACAGAGACCAAGUGGCCCCACACCUCCUCCAAGACCCUUAUCAAGUAGACGACAAUCCCAAGCCAUGGGCAACGGUACUUCGCCUAGACCUACUUCGCAUUUACCUCCUCCGCCAACUGCUGCUAUUCGGAAAACCAUCCCCAUAGCUGAUCGCAUCAAGUAUGACGGUCUAUUUAAAGAAAAAAAUGAACAAGGGUACAUAUAUCAAGACACUGCUGUAGAAAUUUGGAGAGAAAGUCGUAUCGGUGACCAAAACUUGAGCGAUAUUGCAAGACUAAUUGACGUACGAGGAGACGGCUGGUUUGAUCAGAAGCAGUUUGCUGCUGGGAUGUUUUUGAUAGAUGAUCGGUUACGUGGAUUCUGCAUUCCCAAAUCAUUGCCUGAAGGAAUAAUGUGA